UGUCGCAGAAACUUAACGUUAACUUAAUUUUGUGGAUACAGACUGUACACAGAUCGAAAAGUCAAAACAGUGAAUUCAUUUUGAUUAAUUUCCGUGUAUGUAAAUGUGACUAUCCGGACGUCGCAGGAGGGAAGUCAUUCUGCAUCACGUGUAUUUGUUCAAAACCUUGCAACACGGGUCGGAGUUCAGUAAAUACUGAUGAUGUCAUCGCCUGAAGAUGGCUGAAGGAGAAGGCUGGUGGGGAGGCUGGCUUCAGCAGAGCUACCAGGCCGUCAAAGAUAAGUCAACGGAGGCCUUAGAAUUCAUAAAGCGAGACCUGACAGAGUUCUCCACCGUGGUGCAACACGACACAACCUGCUCGAUUGUGGCCACUGCCACGGCUGUCAGGAACAAGCUUGCGGUGGAAGGGUCCUCUGAGACCUCGGAAAAAGUGAAGAAGAGCCUUUCUAGUUUCUUAGGGGUGAUAACUGACACGCUUGCUCCACCCCCCGAUAAAACCAUUGACUGUGAUGUGAUCACAUUGGUGGCAACGCCGUCAGGAACUACAGAGGUCUACGACAGCUGUAAGGCGCGUCUCUACAGUUUGCAAGCUGACCCUGCAACGUACUGCAAUGAGCCGGAUGGUCCCCCGGAGCAGUUUGACAACUGGCUGUCCAGAUUCAGCUUGGAAGACAAGAAAGGAGAAAUCUCAGAGCUUCUGGUCACCAGUCCCUCCAUACGAGCCCUUUACACCAAAAUGGUGCCGGCGGCUGUGACACAUUCUGAAUUCUGGCAGAGGUAUUUCUACAGAGUCUUCCAGUUGGACCAGGAGGAGGCUAGGAGAUUGGCAUUGAAGCAAAGGGCAGAGCAGACUACACACACAGAGACCCUUGGCUGGGAGGAAGAGGAAGAGGAGGAAGAUGAUUUCCUCGGCGCUACGUCAUCAUCUCGCCUCAACUUGACCCCGCAACUGGACAACAGCUCAACCCGGCUCCCCAUCAACCCUGGCGCUCCCGCAAGCGCGUCUCUCCUGAGCCCCGCCCCGUCCCCCGCCGAAGAGCGUGACGCCGCCCUCUCCGGCAGCAGCGACAGCGUCAGCCUGCCGACUCGGGUUUCGGCGCGGCGGGAGCCCGUUGCCGCGGAGCCCGUUGCCGCGCAACCCGUUGCCGCGGAGCUCACCGAGAAACUGACCGAAGCCAGCUUGGAAGAUGCCGCGGGCAAGGUGCAAGCAGAGCAGAGGCCCGGGAAGAGGGACUCGCCGCCGGUGACGGCUGUAACCCAGCCAGAGGUCGCCGAGGUCGACGGGGCGUCAGUGCGGCCCCCGGCCCCCGCCAACAAACCAGACGCCGCCAAGGAGGAGGGGCUGCCGGACCUCAGAGUGUUUGAGCUCAAUUCCGACAGCGGGAAGUCUUCGCCCUCCAACAAUGGCAAGAAAGGGUCCAGCACCGAUGUGAGUGAGGACUGGGAGAAAGACUUUGACUUGGACAUGACGGAAGAAGAAGUCCAAAUGGCACUCUCUAAAAUAGAAGCUUCUGGAGAGAUGGAUGAAGACUGGGAGAACUGGGAAUGAGAGCCACUGCAACACAAACUCUGUUCCACCAUUAAAGCUAGUUCUCGGCCGACGAACUAUGCUUUACCGUGUUUUAAGUCUUUGUCCACACUGUCACCACGUCAUGAUUGUCAGUAAGGGAUGUCCCGGCGGGUUUGGACCAUAUUGGGCAACCCGUUGAAAAGAGCAACUGGAAGACUAAGGCAAUAAGAAUCCCACUGCUCUGUCAGGCUAGCGCAGACUGAUGGCUCUUUGCUGUUUCUUGUAGCUUCUGACCUAGACACUACGACGCUUAGUCACUCCUUUUAUUUUAUUUGCCAAAGCUUAAGGGCACGCGGCGACGAGUCAGAAUGUGAAAGGUACCCCUGCAGCAAGGCAGGAGCUGUUCCCCUCCCCCCCCCCCCUUUUUCAUUCAUGCCAUUACAAAACGUAUGUGGCCAGUGCAUUGCACGUUGGGCAGUGAUGUAACGGCAGGCUGCAAAAUAGCCAUCAACUAUAAUGCUGCUUGACAACGCUUGAUGAUUUGAAUGCUUCAUUUCUACCUGUGCACCCCCGUUCUUCCUUUCUCAUCUUUAAAAUGCAAGAGAAUCUUCAAAAUGAAAUCUAAUAUAUUUUGGCCUUUUUUUCCACAUAGCACUUUUCAUCUUGGAUUCACUCACAACUCUUGUAAAACAUACUGCAGUGUGUGUGUGUGUGAUGUUUUCAGCAGCACCACCAGCUGACACUUCACUCUCUUGGUCAUAUCAUCUUAUUCGUUGGACUACAUGAGCUGGUGGCAGGCCGUAACUGUCGCCUUUUGAAUGAGUUGUUUGUCUUAUUUGGGUUGUGGGUAUUCAUUGCUUUUCUGAUUUUGUUAGAGAGAGAGGUGGCGUGCGAGUAAACCGAGGGAAUGCAAACCGCUCCCGUUGUCGUUGUUCUGCUUUGAAACUGAGGGUUUUGGGCCGAUUAGGGAACGGUUUGGGUUUUAGGAAAUGUGCCAACAGAGCGAGGAGCAACGAGCGCACAAUCCAUCCUUCUCUGAUUUCUCCUCUCUGUCAUCUGUAACGUGUGCGAGGCAAAAGUACUCCUAGAGAUGUAAUAUUUAUACUAAAAUAAAUGCUUAAUUAUUGUAUAAUGUGCUUUGGAUUGCAUUUCUGUGCGGGACAUUGUGCAGAUGGUCAACGUUGAGUUGUGUGUUUUCUGGUGAAGACGCAGGCUGUUCUUCAGGUUCUUGUCUUCUCACAAUGUGUUGCAUGUCUAUACUUCUCAGCUGUGUAUUCCCUUCCUAUUCACACGUUGAACUAAUCAAAGCUGUUCCACACUCAUCUGUUUUCAAAUCAGCCGCCAAGUUUUUUUUUUCUUCUCCCAAAGUCAAUUAUUUCCCUCUUCUUUUUUUUCUUCAAAUGAUCAUUGUCAUUAAAGGAUUCCUGGAUAGUG